CUUUUCUCGUCUGCUUCAGGGCGGCGCCCUUCUCUCUUUCCGUCGUCGGGAACCGUCGGCUUGACCGCGCGGGCUGCGGGAAGGGAAGGGAGGAGGACGAAGCCACGAAGGAAUCAAUGGCGCCGCAGGAGCCGGAAGAAGGCGAGUGCACGGGCGCCGCGAAGCGGAGGAAGGCCGCCGCGGCCACCGACGUGAGCAUGGAGCUCGACAUCCUCGACUGCCCCGUCUGCUACCACCCGCUACGGCCGCCGAUAUUUCAGUGUGCUGUAGGGCAUGUUGUAUGCUCAUCUUGUUGUGCCAAGCUCCCGGACAAGUGUCACUGCUGCUCCAUCACCACGGGCUACAAUCGGUGCCACAUCAUAGAGCAUGUUGUUGACUCCACUAAAGUUCCUUGCAUGUAUAGCAAUCUUGGAUGCACUGAAAAGAUAACCUACUAUGAGAAAGAAGACCAUGCGAAAGUCUGCCCUCAUGCCCCAUGCUUCUGUCCUGAAGCCAGCUGCUCUUUCUAUGGAUCAACCGUGGAGCUCGUGGAGCAUUUCUCUGCCAAACACAAGUGGCAUUCUGCCAAACUGUCCUACAACAAGGCAUUUCGAUUCCGCAUUGCACAGGGCUCAACUGUCCUCAUGGGUGAAGACGGGCACAUGUUCUUGGUUAACAUGGUAGUGGAGGCUGCUGGAGGUGUCAUCUCAGUGUUCAGCAUCCAGCCUCACAUCAGUGAAUCAAACUUCAUGUGCAAACUGGCAGUCUCAUGUCCUGAAAAGAGCUAUGCUCAGUGUACUCAGUUUCAAACAAGAAGCAGCAAUCUUUUUGAUGGGCUACCAAAGGAUUGCUUUACAUUUGUCGUGCCAAAGUUGCUGCUCCGAGGUACCAGUACAAAUGUCACAGCCAUGGUGAGUGUGACACUCAUCCCACCAUAAGUAUAUGCUUGGGUUAUACUGCACUGAUGUACGGUACUACUGCCUGUUCAUAACUGAGAUAUGAGUAGGGAGUGCUUUUGACUUUUUCCUAGGUCUGGGCCUUUUUAUAUAUAUACUCCUGUGUGUAAGAAGUGAAAAAUUUUAUUAAAU